UUAUUAUUUAUAAAACUAUCGCUCUUUAAUAUUAUCCAUCCUUUAUCCAUAGGAAUUAUAAUCUUAACUCAAACUUUAUUAUUAUGUUUAAUUUCAGGAAUAAUAAUUAGAACUUAUUGAUUUUCUUAUAUUCUAUUUUUAACUUUCUUAGGGGGACUCUUAGUUUUAUUUUUUUAUAUUUCAAGAAUUGCAUCAAAUGAAUUAAUCAAUUUUUCUUUAAAUUUUAAAAUAUUUCUAUUUAUUUUAAUUAUUUUUGUUAUUUUUAAUUGAUUUUUUUAUAAAUCUUACUACUCAUCAAAUUUAUUUAUUAAUUAUGAAAUAAAUAAUUUAUUAAAUAUAUUUUUAAUAAUUGAAGAAAAUAACUUAAAUUUAACUAAAUUGUUUAAUAAUCAAACAAAUUUUUUAACUAUAAUAUUAAUUAUUUAUAUAUUUAUUACAUUAAUUGCUGUUAUUAAAAUUAUAAAUAUUUUUUUUGGCCCUUUACGAUCAUUUAACUAAUGAUAAAUAAUUUUAAACCUUUACGAAAAACUCAUCCUUUAAUUAAAAUUUUAAAUUGAGCAUUAAUUGAUUUACCAAGACCAUCAAAUAUUUCCUCAUUAUGAAAUUUUGGAUCUUUAUUAGGAUUAUGCUUAAUUAGCCAAAUUAUUACAGGAUUAUUCUUAUCAAUAUAUUAUUGUGCUAAUAUUGAAUUAGCAUUUUACAGAGUAAAUUACAUUUGUCGAAAUGUUAAUUAUGGUUGAUUAAUCCGAACUCUUCACGCUAAUGGUGCAUCAUUUUUUUUUAUUUGUAUUUACAUUCAUAUUGGACGAGGCAUUUAUUAUGAAUCUUUUAAUUUACUAUACACAUGAAUAAUUGGAAUUAUUAUUUUAUUUUUAUUGAUAAUAACAGCAUUUAUAGGGUAUGUUCUACCUUGAGGACAAAUAUCUUUUUGGGGGGCUACAGUAAUUACUCAUUUAUUAUCAGCUAUUCCUUAUUUAGGAACAAAUUUAGUUAAUUGAAUUUGAGGAGGGUUUGCAGUAGAUAAUCCAACUUUAACUCGUUUUUAUUCAUUUCAUUUCUUACUCCCAUUUAUUAUAUUAAUAAUAACAAUAAUUCAUUUACUAUUUCUUCAUCAAACAGGAUCUAAUAAUCCUUUAGGAAUUAAUAGAAACUUAGAUAAAAUCCCAUUCCAUCCAUUCUUUAUUUUUAAAGAUUUAAUUGGAUUUAUUAUUUUAAUUUUUAUUUUAACUUUAUUAACACUUACUAAUCCUUACUUAUUAGGGGACCAAGAUAAUUUUAUCCCUGCUAAUCCUUUAGUUACACCUAUUCAUAUUCAACCUGAAUGAUAUUUUUUAUUUGCUUAUGCCAUUUUACGAUCUAUCCCUAAUAAAUUAGGAGGAGUAAUUGCCUUAAUUAUAUCAAUUCUUAUUCUAAUUAUUUUACCAUUUUCAUUUAAUAAAAAUAUUCAAAGUAUUCAAUUUUAUCCAAUUAAUCAAAUAAUUUUUUGAUUAUUAAUUUCAAUUAUUAUUCUUCUAACCUGAAUUGGAGCCCAACCAGUAGAAAUUUCUUUUAUUAUUACUGGACAAAUUUUAACUAUUAUAUAUUUCUCUUAUUAUAUUAUUAACCCUAUUAUUAGUAAAUUAUUAGAUAAUUUAAUUUUUAAUUAA